AAGUAAGAUGAUGUGGUGUAUGCAAGCGUUGCUGCUCAUGUCCGCUGUCUCUACGGGGUCGGCGGGGGUUUUCACCGAUGACCAGGCCAGUAAGGUGGACACGUUUGUGGAGGAGGUCAUGCGGUGUAGACAGAUCCCCGGGCUGACCCUGGCUGUUGUGAAGGGGGAUGAGACGUGGACACGGGGGUUCGGACAGGCGGACAUAGAACAGGGAGUGAACGUCACCAAGGACACUUUGUUUGGAAUUGGAUCAGUGACGAAGGCUUUCACUAGUACCCUCCUGGCCAUGAUGAUUGAUGAAAGUAAUGGAAGUUUAACAUGGACGUCAAAGGUGAAGGACGUGUUAGGUCCAGACUUUUCAUUUGUGGACGAGGAGAGAACAAGGGAGGCUACUCUGAGGGAUCUUUUGAUCCACCGUACUGGACUUCAGGUUGAAAUCUUUCCAGUGUUUGCUGGAUACGCUCCCAACUUCACGACAACUGACUUAGCAAAGCGUUUCCGCUUUCUUCCGGAAGUUCACCCCUUCCGUGACGUGUACGACUACAACAACUGGGCGUACGCUCUGCUCGGCCGUAUUGUGGAAGUGUUGUCAGGAGAAUCCUACGAAGCAACCCUGGAGAAACGAAUCUUCAAACCACUGGGAAUGAACCAUUCACGUGUUCUGGGAAAGACGAUAUCAGCAAAUGCAACAGGAAUGGCAAAACCGUACUAUAAUGUGGAGAACAAGCUCAUAUUAACGGAUCCCUCAAUUUACGACAUACAUCCACAAGAGGCUGCAGGUGCUAUUGCUUCCUCGUCAGAGGACAUGGCUAAAUGGGUGCUCUUCCUGCUGAGGAAAGGAGUGACGCAGGACAACGUCACUCUCGUCAAGUCCACAACGUUUGCGGAGGUCUUCAGAUCUCACAUGGGCGUUCCUGGUGGUCCGAUCCUGUCAAAGCCGAAGUAUCCCGUGAUGGACUUGGAGUAUGGCUACGGUUAUGGAUGGUCUCUUUCUGUAUAUAAGGGAUACAACGUGAUCAUGCAUACUGGAUCCAUACAUUCGUACAUUAGCUACCUUAAACUCUACCCUGACUUGGAUUUUGGAAUAUUUGUAAGUGAAAAUGGCCCAGGAACAUUGGAAGGAGGAUUUGCAGAAAACAUUAUCGCAUCUUACAUUUCUGAUAUUUUGAUGGGUGAUAAAUCUUGGCUAAAUUCCUCUACGGCCUGCACGUUUCCCAUGCCAUGGGACAAUUGGCCACCAAGCAUCCAAAAUAAUUCAGACGUCACCAACACCGAUGUGGAUUGCCUUGACUGUUAUUUUGGGAAAUACGGGCAGCUUCUGUUUGGUGACGUGGAUGUUGUGGAGGGACCAGGGUCGUCACUGGAACUACACUACGGGAGGUUACAGGGUUCUCUCAAUACCACGGAUAAGAAAGCAACAUUUAAGCUUGAUUUAUUGGAACCCUUUAGAUUUAUGUCUCGACCAGGUAAUGCUACAGUUCUUGUGGAAGUAAUCUUCCGUGGGUUAAACAAAGGAAAGUAUUCUUACAUUGACCUCAUCUUUCCUCACAAAUUGACAUUUACCAGAGGUAUAAGCAUUUACGAUAAAAACAUAUUCACAGGUACCAAACCUGACACAAAUGGACAGAGUGUCAAGGAGUUGAGCAAUCUUUUGUUGGUAUUUGCGUCACUCUCUGUAGUCUUCUUUUUAAGGUAGUCACUGUGUAGUAAUAAAUAUUCGCCCUUCAGCAUCUUAUGACAUGAGGAUUUUUCUCUAGAUAUAAGUAGAAAGAUAGAAGCGACAAAACCCUUUCCACAUCUAGGAGAAAUCUCUGCAAAAAGCAGAGUCGAUUGUACAUCUGUGACAAUGUCAUG